AUGGUGGCCGUCCUGGAUGCUUUCGCGGCCAAGCUGGCUAUCAUCCUAGCAGGUAUGGCAAAGACUGAGUUAGAGAUGCUCCUGGGUGUACCUGGCGAGAUCACCAAGCUCGAGGCUACGCUCGGUGAUCUCAGCCGCAUCACGGCCGACGCCGAAAGGAGGCGCAUCCACAACCCUGACUCGGGUGCAGAGGAGUGGGUCGGGGAGCUCAAGGAUGUCAUGUACGACGCCGACAACAUACUUGACCUCUGCCAGAUCUUGGAGGGAGAAGAUGCAUCCAAAGCUCCUUCUGGAUGCUGGAACAUCCCAAUGUUGUUAUGCUUCCACAACCCCGUUGCUGCACACAAGAUUGGGAAGAAAAUCCAAGCGCUCAACCAACGGUUGCUGGACAUUGAGAAGAGGAGCACUCGCUAUGCAUUCAUCUCCCAAGCAAUGAACUCUUCAUCAAGCAACUCUAUUGAUGGAGUUGACAGUUCUUUUAUCAAAAGCAACCGCACAACUGGAUCGGGCAUCAUCCGGUCUGAUAUUGUUGGAGAGAAGAUCAAGGAAGAUACAAGAAAGCUUGUUGAUAUUCUAGUCAACAAGGAAGAGAUUCGUGCUGGAUCAAGCAGUGACAGGUUUCCUGUUGUUGCUAUCACUGGUGCUGGUGGGAUAGGCAAAACUACCCUUGCUAGGAUGGUUUUCAAUGACACUGUGGUGAAGGAUCACUUCCAUAAGAGGAUUUGGCUGAGUGUGAAUAACAAUAAAGAGGUCAACGAGAUGACAGUCCUAAGAACCGUCUUAUAUGCUGUUGGAGGUAACCACAGUGACCUUCCUGACAACAAGGCCCAGCUGGAGAGUGCUUUGAAUCUAGCAGUGAAGCAAAAGAAAUUAUUGUUGGUGAUGGAUGAUGUGUGGAGCGCUAAGGUGUGGAAUGAGCUACUUAGAGUCCCGCUCAAUGAUGGUGCUUCGGGAAGCUGGGUAUUGAUGACCACAAGAAAUAUAGAAGUUGCUAAUAUGAUGAAAGCACAUCACCUCCACCGAGUUGACAAGCUAGUGGGAGAAGACGUUUGGAACCUGCUUAAGAAACAGGUUUUUGAAAAUUAUGUACACUUUCAGAAAAAUAUGAACAAAAUUUUAAACAGGAACAUCUUUUCAGAUUCACAAAUAUUUGUUGAAAACACCAACUUUUUUUAUGAAAGCAUGGACAUUAUUAGAAUUCGUGAACAUUUUUUUUGA